UUUAGUUUUUCAAAAGACAACAAAUUAAAAAUCCCAAAAGAAGGCCAAAAAUAAGCACGAGAAUCUUGAAAAACCAAAUCUCUCAUAUACACUUCCUCUUCUUCCUCAAAAUAUUCAUGAAAAAUUCAUUAAAAAAAAAUGACUGACCCGACUAAUUCGAAUUCGUGUUAUUAGUCAUGAUCAUGAAUUGGAAACGCCAACAGAAAGAUUCGAUUCUGACUUCAUAGAACCGGUAUUGCUGUUGCCUGCGCUGCGCGUAGGACCGUCCCCUACUCCUGUCCCAUUCAUCUAAGAGAAGCGUCCCUUAUCAAGAAUUUUUUUUUUUCGAGUUCGACUCGAGACGUCUGGUUAAGGAUGCAUCAUCGUCAGCUUUGCCGGAAAGUUAUUCAAGUUAACAGCAUAAGGUGGAAAAUAGUAGAAAAAGUUUCAAUAUUUAAAGAGUUUUUUAGGUUCAUUUGGGAAAGAAUUAUGGUUUGUUCAACUGGAAACUCAGUAAGGUACAGGAGAUUGUCUACAAAAGUUUCUGAGGAAUUAUUAGCUGUGGAAUCAUCAGAUGAAACAUUAAUUAGUGGAUAUGACAGUGAUUCAGAUUUAGUUGCAUUGAAGAUUAGUAUUUUGGGUGAUUGCCAGAUUGGGAAAACAAGUUUUGUGAUAAAGUAUGUGGGAGACGAACAAGAAAAGAGGUGUUUGCAGAUGAAGGGAUUGAAUUUAAUGGAUAAAAUAUUAAUUGUACGAGGUGCAAGAAUUGCUUUUAGAAUAUGGGAUGUAGGAGGUGACCAUAGUUCAUAUGUUCAAAUUCCAAUUGCUUGUAAAGAUUCAGUUGCAAUUCUCUACAUGUUUGAUCUCACUAGUAGAAGUACUUUAAACAAUGUAAUAGAUUGGUACAGUGAAGCAAGAAAGUGGAAUAAGACUGCUAUUCCAAUACUAAUUGGGACCAAGUUUGAUGAUUUUGUCCAGCUUCCACUAGAUACUCAAUGGUCUGUUGUCACUCAGGCAAGGGCAUAUGCAAAGGCAAUGAAAGCAACUCUCUUCUUCUCAAGUGCAACUCAUAAUAUCAAUGUGAAUAAGAUCUUCAAAUUCAUUAUGGCCAAGCUCUUUAACUUGCCUUGGACUGUCCAAAGAAAUCUCACCAUUGGUGAGCCCAUUAUUGACUUCUAGAAAUUCAGAAUUUACCUAAUGAAUUUAAAGCUCUAUAGAGUUUACCUUUCACCUCGACUGUUUCUUAUACCAUUCACUAACAUGUAACGUUGCCGGUUUUAUAGAACUUAUCUUUCAUCUCUAUCAUUCCAAAUACCAUUGUAAAUAGUGAUCUCAUCCUCAACCAAAAUCCCUGUCUUUGCCUAGAAAAAAUCAAGGGAGAAAAAACAAGAUAGAAAAAUGGAAAGAAAUAGUGAAUACUUAAUUUUUACUUGCGGAAA